AUGGCUCACAAUUUGCCUGAUUCUGCAACUUCGCAAAUCGUAAACUACGAUAUAAAUUCCGAAGAUGAAAUAAUUAGUGAAACGGAGAAUAGUUUGGAUGAAAAUCCUAGCGACAAUAUUCAACCCAGUUUAUACAGUGAAAGCAGUAGUGACGAAACCAAUAGCGAUGAGGAGCCUCUUUCGAGAUAUGUUACCAAUACCAGUGCUAAUGAAAACCAAAUGCUAUCAAAAAUGGUGAAUUUGUAUGGUCAAGAACCCCAUUAG